CAUAAAGCCGUUCGCGCUACAGUUUGACAACCAAAAGAUGCUUGUCUACACCUUAGCCUUUAGCUAAAGCUUAGUGUUGUCCUGAGCCGAUGGGAUGGGGGUAUCUGACUUACAGUGUGAUACAAAUGCUGGAGCCGUGGUUGAUCUUUCAGCUCGCAGUAUGCAGAAACUGGAUCCCAGUUUUACAUGCUCUGAGGAAACCCACACUCUCAUCCUGGAUCGAAACAACAUCAUGAAGCUGGACCACCUGGAACGAAGCCCAAGCCUUCAGCAGCUUUCUGUGGCAAAUAACCGAUUGGUUAGAAUGAUGGGUGUGUCCCAGCUCAGAGAGCUGAGAGUCCUCAAUCUACCCAAUAACAGUAUUGGUUAUAUUGAAGGCCUGCGAGAUCUACCACAUCUAACAUGGCUCAACCUGUCAGGGAACAACAUUAAGGUUAUUGAGCAACUGAACAGUUGUGUGUCUCUGCAGCACUUGGAUCUGUCUGAUAAUAACAUAUCUACCAUAGGAGAUUUGACUAAACUGGUAGCAUUAAAGACGUUGUUGCUCCAUGGAAACAGUAUCACAACACUCAGAGCUGUUCCUGCUCACCUUCCUGCCCAUCUGUCCAUUCUUUCCCUGGCAGAAAAUGAAAUAAGGGAUCUUAAUGAAGUUUCAUAUCUGGCCCCUCUUCACGAGCUGGAGCAGCUGUCCAUCAUGUGCAACCCUUGUGUCAUGGCUACUCCCUCAUUGCCGAGUUUUGAUUACCGACCAUACAUCAUGAGCUGGUGCCUGAACCUAAAGGUCCUCGAUGGCUAUGUAGUGACACAAAAAGAAGGCCUCAAAGCAGAGUGGCUCUACAGCCAGGGGAAAGGUCGGUCUUAUCGACCCGGGCAGCAUGUUCAGCUGGUUCAGUACUUGGCCACUGUUUGUCCUCUGACGGCAUCGCCUGCCUUGGAGACGGCAGAAGAUGCUAAACUGGAGAAGAUCCUUAGUAAACAAAGAUUCCACCAGCGGCAGCUGUUGGAGGAGACUCGCGGAGGCUGCCCCAGUCCUCCUCGUCCGACUCGGCUAGAUGUUGAAAGCCUCACUCCUGGAGGCCAAGAGGUGAAAAAAAUCCCCACACCUGUACCGGCUACUCCUCCGUCUGUCCAGGAUAAAGAGCCAGUGGUGCAGUUUAACACCUGGGUGAGCUGUGAUGCCUCUCAUGUGUCGCUGCCAGUGGUUCGCAGCCCUAGGAUUACAGGAGAGCAGGUUUAUUUAGAAGACUUGCAGACCGAUGAGGACAAAAUCAACAGCAGCUUGCUCUCCUCUGAAUCCACCUUCCUUCCCCUCGCGUCCGACCUGGAGCCACAAACGACCCACACCGACAGUGAAGACGAGACCGAGACAUUUGAGCCUGAUUCUCUGGCUCCAAAGCGACCCUCACAGUCUAGAAAUCACAACCCAGAAAAGACUAAUGCAUCUCCUCUGACGGAUAAGCACCAGAAGAAAACUCAAGCAGAGAAUGUUUUAAUUGGCGCAGCAGUUGCAUCACCGGCAGUAGUUGCCAUGCAAGAAAAUAAUUCAGAGAUGCUCUUUGACUUUGGUAACGCAGAAAGCAGCGACGCUGCAAAGCAGGGAGAAGCUACCGCGCCUGUCUGUAAAUUAAAUCUGCUGGAAGCGGAAAAGGCGGCCAUUAAAAUACAGUCUUGGUGGAGGGGACACUACACGCGAUGUUUCCAUCCAGCAGCCAGAGAGGUGCGCGGUGAAAUCCGCCUGAGGAGAAUGCAAGAACACAUCGUCUUCCUGUCUGACCAGUUGGAGACGAUGCAGAAGCAGUAUGAGGAGGAGAGGCUUCAAAGGCUCGUUCAGGAAGAGGCUGUGAAGUUUCUGUGGACGGAGCUCCAAUCCAUGCAGCAGUGGAAACAGACUGUGGAGAUCAAGCUUGCAGGCAUUUCACAACAGGAUCCCCCGGCUCCCAUUUAUUCUCCCGCAGCCCCACCCGUCGCCUCAAUUCCCACAAUCCCUCCCAUCACCGACGUCUCCUUCCCAGACUCUGGAUUCCAGUCAACCAAUGAGCAGCAGGCCACACAGGAGGACAGCUUUCUGAGCAGUGGUACAGCGGACUCUCUGAAGACGGUUCGAGCUCUGAGCCCCGUACGGAGCGGCGUCGCCGGCACGAGCGAUGGCGUGGACAGUGCAGACUGCAGCCUGUUGGAAGAAUACCUGUCGUCUGUACAGCAGAGGGAGGAGGAGGCUGACGAAGUGAACAGUGAUAAAACUGAAACGCCUCAGCCCUCUCCAAGCAGGACACCGUCAACCAAAGUUUCUCCCACACAGAAGGCGGCAUAAACCACUCCAGACUCUGUCUGAUCCUUUAAUCAUAUGAGAUUUGUCAAGAGUGGGUGGUAAUGAGCAUUCUGUGUGGGAUUCAGAAAUUUCAGUUAUUUUAAUAAUACCUUAUUGAGGUCUGAAAGCUGCAUUCUCAAACUCACCCUUAACAAUGAGAAGUGGCUUGAAACACUACUUUUAACUGAAUGUAAUGUUUUAUACCAGCUUUUCUUUUUCCUGCAUAUGUAUGACUAAACCACAAAACUGUCAAAUUUCAGCUGUUACGACGAUAAUAUGAUUAGAGGUUUGCAGUUUCACAAUGCACCUGUUCUUGUAGCUUUAUAGUCUAACCAAUCUGCUACAAACAUGGAUUCUGUCAACUGUUAGUCUUGAUCAGCUUUAUCUGAUAUUAAAAACAAACCUGCUGUUGUUUUCAUCUUCAAAAAUGUCAAAUAUCUAAAAAUAGAUUUGAAAUGUUAAUGUUAUAAAUAGAAGGAGCACAGAAGAUCAAUGCACAUCACCUGGACUUGAAAUGCAUAAUUCUUGGAUUGGGA